UUCCCGCGCAUGCCCGGUGAGCCGGAAGCGGCGGCGGCGGCGGGGCGGCGGCGGGGCGGUGGCGGCGGAGAUGGCGAUGUCAGAGAAGUUCGACUCGCUGGAGGAGCACCUGGAGAAGUUCGUGGAGAACAUCCGGCAGCUCGGCAUCAUCGUCAGUGACUUCCAGCCCAGCAGCCAGGCCGGCCUCAACCAGAAGCUGAAUUUCAUGGUGACGGGCCUGCAGGAUAUCGACAAGUGCCGGCAGCAGCUUCACGACAUCAGCGUGCCCUUGGAGGUGUUCGAAUAUAUAGAUCAAGGUCGCAACCCUCAGCUUUACACCAAAGAGUGUCUGGAGCGAGCUUUGGCUAAAAAUGAGCAAGUGAAAGGAAAAAUCGACACAAUGAAGAAAUUUAAAAGUUUGUUAAUUCAAGAACUUACAAAGGUGUUCCCAGAAGACAUGGCAAAGUACAAAGCUAUUCGAGGAGAAGAUCCUCCUCCUUAAGUUGGCCUUUAACUCUAAAAAUGUCAAUUCUAUAAAUUGAUGCUUACCACUCUUUAUAAAAACAUGGACUGAAGAGGUGGGGUAUCCAAGACUUCGUUAAAAACUAAAGUACAAAUGGCCUUGAUAGGACGUAAAGGAGCUUGAUGAUCACUCAUGAUUCUGGUCUGAAGCUACUGCAUCUUUAUGAAGACUUUCACUCAAAGAUUGCUGUUGAAACUUCUUGUGGUACUUGGUUGUUCUUUCCUGAAAGGUUUUGGAAAUGCUUUGAUAACCUGCAGGUGAUUAUAUAGCAUUUACUACAAAGUGCAUUUCCGGAGCAGAAAACCAUGUUUUUUGUCUUCUGAAAAGUGUGCUCCAGGGUUGUGGGUUCAUUUGUUUUUGAGAAAUAUAUUUAUUAUACUUGAUUUUUUUUUUUAUUUGUAAACUGUUUUUUAUCACUGUACAAACAAUUGACUGUGUUCACCUUGGAAAAUUCUGCUGAACAGGAGCCUGUCGGGCUGCAGUUUGCAUGUGUCAUAAUGAAUCACAGCCAAGAAAACCUUCAGAUAUGUGUUUUGUUCUGUAAGCUGCAGUGCAGAUGACUGAUGUAGAAGUGGAGCAUAUGCAGGGAUUAGCUCCUCAACAAUGUUAAUAUUUUGUGUAGUAUUUAAUGUAGGCCUUCAUUCAUUUUCUUUAAAGCAAGUUGUAGAAUAAAAAUUUGAAAAA